GAACCAAUUUUAAAGUGACAUGGAGCGACAAGUCAUCGUCAUUAUACUUUGGCUCCUUGAAUUGUUCAUACCGGAAAAACUUGCCGAUGGAGAGCUUGAUUGCUUCCCGAUUUGGAUUAUGUACGAGUCCUUUCCCUUCUCGGUUGCCGUUAUCCUUCUCCUCAAUGAAAAUGAAUUUUCUCAUUUCCACCGCAAAGGCGAACCUUCGUGCUCAGUCUCAGCAGAAUGAUCCCUUUUUCAAAGCCGCCUUCGAACGCGCAGCUGCACGUUUCAAAGAGUCUCAACGUUCAUGCAAGUCUAUAGUCUAUACACCAUCCCUGAACUCUUAUAGGCUCAUUACAUUUCGUUUGUUAGACUAUCAGUGUAACUGCUCGUUGAGGCAUUUCGUCGAACAGCUUGUGAUUCCGAACGUGAUAUGGAUGACGCAUUUCUCAAUCUCUAUGCUCAGUUUGCUGUUUAAAACGAUUGCCGUGAUGAAUAUAGCUUCCAGUUGUAUCUGUUAAAAAAACGGAGCUUAUGUGUUAUGACUGAACGUAAUUAUUAUAAAAUUGUAGAUCCUUUGUUCAUUGAUCCAUAUGCUGGCUGCCUUCUUCCGGUUAAAUUUGAUGUUCUUAGUGAACAACGCCUGCUACCUUACUGCCUUGCAACUAAGUUUAUCGAUGAUAAGCUAUUGAGCACUUUAGAUAAAGUUGAUGGUCCGAAGCAGGUAUAAGAAAGAAAGCUCAAUCCACUUGGUAAUAUAACACUGCGCUUGUUAUGUACAGUACCUUGAUGCUGCAGGUGGUUUUGUUUACGGAUGGGAUGGAUACUCGUCCGUUUAGACUGAAUUGGCCAGCAUCAACCAUAAUAUAUGAUAUAUCUCCAGAGGAGGUGUUUAGGAGUGCAACUGAAAAGCUUCAAGAUGUUGGGGCUAAGAUACCAAGGAGAUGUGUAUUUCAUCACAUCCCAUUGAAUUCAUCUAAUCUACAACACAUGUUGGGAAGUAAAGGUUUUAAUGGCACCAAGCCAAGUAUUUGGGCUUUCCAGGGACUGCCAGUAAUGAACAUGGAGAGCUUUAAAGAUAUUUUGCGCGUGGUAAGUAAUUUGGCCAUGAAGGGAAGCUUAUUGUUGGGGGAGCUUCCUAUUUGGCUGGGUGAAACUGAUUUUGAGUGUAAGUCCACCACGAAGAGAUGUUUGGAAAGCAUUUUCAUGAGCUGCGGUUUCCAUGUGGAAGUGAUAGAGUACAACGGAUUACUAAAGGAAGAGAAUGCUAACAUAGUUUUUGUUGCAGACCAUCUGAGGUUUUCUGAUGAUCAGAUGGAAAUAUGGAGGAGAGAACUUCAGAGGAUUGAGGAAGAAGGAGAUGAAGAUGGCUUUGAGGAGCUCUAGACUUGUGUUACCCAACCAAAGAUAUUCCUUUGAACUGGAAACAAUAGAAAAAUCAAGAAGAAUAUACAAGGCUAUGAAGAUUGGAUUCCCUGCUCAGACAGCUAAAUCCACAGCCACACUGGGGGCAGACAUAGAAAUUGUCAACUGAAAAUGCAGCAGAUGUUAUCCCAACAGAGAAGUUCAGAUUUUCACCAUCAUGAGUGACCUGCACUAUAUUCAGCCAGAAAAGCAUUAUUUUCACCUGCACACCACCCAAGUUACUCAGUCUGCCCUUAGAGAUUGUCCCUGUGAUCUUGUUACUGUACUUUAGGGUAUACCCCUUUAUGGUGAAGCUGCACGACCCGUCAAAGUAUGCUGCGAAUUUGCCGGUGUCUUUGUUGAUCUCGUAGCUCUUGACUCCCGUUGGGAGAAUGCCGAUGGGAAAGUCAUAUUCCUGCAAUAUGUCAUACGCCGUCUCCAAGCCGUGAAUGGCCGGAGUGGUUCCCAAUAAUAGUGCAUAGCAGGCGGCAAUAAUGCAUAGUGGCGGAUGAUACAUUUUUCCGCGGUGAAUAAAGGCGGCGAUUUGGAGAGUGUUAGGAAAGUCGAUCUCUUAGAAAGGAUGUUUGUUAGAGACAUAAAGGGGUAAGCUUAAAAACUUGACAGAUUGGUAUUCCACAUGCUAAUUGUAGUUAUCCCGUCAAUUAAUUAAUUACUUAAGUACUACUCCGUAUAAAAGAAGUCCAAUCUGUUUCGACUAACAUGGAAAUGUUGGGCAUUAAGCAUUAUUGGUGUAACCCAGAUUAUUUUUAAUCAAAUGUAGUAAACCGACUCGACUCUCAAUAAAAUGUAACUCGUGUGAUUUUAUAUGUAAC